AUGUGUAAUUUCAUCCUCUACGUAAAUCUCGCUGCAGCUACCAGUCUUGUAUUCUUCUACAAGAUACUCCGUGGCGAUGAGGUCGCAUAUGAGCAUGCAACGUACCAGAAUUAUGGCGAAGUUGUUCAGCUGGAGCCUGACCAAUUAACCUACAUAGCACAUCAGGCUUGGAAAAAUAUAGCUGGAGCGGGAGCGGGGAAGCGUCUCGAGAAUACGAAAGAUGCUACGACUCUAGGGCCAAACAUCCACGGUGAUUUCACUAUGGGCGCGAUUUACGACACUGCUAGCCACAGGGCACGUCGAAGAAUAUAUGCACCCGCAUUCAGCGAUAGGGCUUUCAAGCAGCAGGAGCCCUUAUUCCUCGACUACCUCAACUCAUUGAUAAAAAUCAUUAAGGAAAUGGCAACGAACGAACCCGACACCGGAAUGGACAUCUCCAAGUGUCUCAACUUCCUAGCGUUUGAUGUGAUGGCGGACUUAACCUUUGGAGAGCCUUUGGGUCUUCUUGAAAAAUCGGAAUACACACCAUGGAUUGCGUCAAUCUUCGGGCGCCUUCUCUUCAUGUCGAUCGGAUGUGUCGCACGAGAGUGCAAGCUUUUUGCUAAACUACUAGCCGUUAUCAUGCCGAAACAGGCGACACAAAAGGCCCAUAAGCACUAUAACAACUCUGCCAACCAAGUAGAGAAGCGAUUAGCACGCCGUAUCGAUACCGAGAAACCUGAAAUAUGGAAACUUGUACUAAAAAAGAAUGAAAAUGGUACUCCAAGUUUGUCAAAACACGAGAUGACAGCCGAUGCAGCAUCAUUGAUUUUUGCCGGGACUGAGACGUCUACUACUAUAGUGAGCGGUCUCGUAUACCUCUUACUGAAGAACCCCCAAAAAUGCAACGACUUCAGUCCGAAAUACGCGCGUUAA